CGUCGAUUCCUCCUCGACACACGACCCAACCUUCUUCCUGAUCAUCACGAUCCUUCCGAGACGCAAACCGAGAAAACCCACGCACGCGCGCACGCACGCGAACACGAGCCACGAAGCAAGUUUCCCCACGUCUACACGGAACUUCGGGAAUUUUGCGACGAUACCACAGCCAGAGGACGAAUCUGUAACUAAACCGAGGAGCAUCAUCCCAGCAUCCCGGUGAAAAAUUCGAGGACCUUUCCAGCCCCUUCGUAGCAACACGUGCGCUUUCACGAUGAAAAUCGCCGUAGCGAUGAUCCUGUUGGUGGCGGUGAGUGUCAGGGCGAUGCCACUGGGCGACUCUGCACCUGCCGAUGACGCACUUCCGGUUGUACCGUUGGCAGAGAGUAAGCCUCUUGAAGUUGUCGCGGACGACGGUAAGAAGCUCGAGGAAGUACCAAAGUCUCCGGCAGAGCCUUCCAGCCCGCUGAGCGACCCACUUCCGGAGACUCCGGCUGCGAUUGCGGAACCGGCCAAGCCUGCUGACUUACCCCAGGCUGCUGAAGAGAAGAUCAAGGAGGAGAGCAAGCCUGCUGAGGUCAUCCCCGAGGCUGCCAGCCAGGAGAGCAGCGAAGAGAAGGCUCAGGAACCUGAGAAGGAGGAACUUAAGACUGCCGCUUCGGAGCCACAGGCUGCUGUACAGGCGGCCCUCGCCAGCGCGACCUUGGCCGACGCUCCUUACGAGAAGAAGGAGGAGGCUCCCCUUCCCGCUGCCACUGCCGCUGCCACUCCUGCCGCCGAAAAGGUCGCCGAAGCCAAGCCUGCCGAGAAGAGCGAGAUCCCGGAAGAGAAGAAGGAGAAGUUGGCUGAACCUGCGGAAUCCGCACCUGCAGCGCCUGUAGCGCCUGUAGCGCCUGUAGCCCCAGCUGUGGCCCUGCCCCAGGAGGCAGAGAUCCCAGCACCCGCUGCCAGCAGCGAAGAGAAGAAAAUCGUGCAGUCAGAGGAGAAAAAGCCCGAGGAAGUCAAACCCGAGGAGAAGACCGACCGCGUGACCCGGGAAGCCGAAGAGGCUGCCGCUGCAGCGGCUGUGACCGCUCAGAAGGUCGAGCCCCAGGAAAAGAAGGAGACCAUCGAGAGCACGAAACUCGAGGAAGCCAAGCCUGCUCCCGAGAAGAGCGAGAAGUCUGUCGAGUCUGCCGAAUCAGCUGAGGAACCGGCUAAGAAGAUCGAGGAACCCGUAAAGGUCGAUGAACCCAAGGCUACCAUCGUCCAGGAACCUGCCAAGGCCGAGGAAGCUUCCAAGCAAUCUGCAGAGUCAGCAGAAGAGUCCAAACCCGCAGCGUCGACUCAAAUCAAGAGAGAGACCGUCGAGACAGCUCAGAGUCAGCCCCAGCCCCAGGUCCAAGCCCAAGCCGAGCCCCAGGUCGUAUCCGAGGUCGCCAAGGAAGUCAUGAAGGAAGCUAAGGAAAUCGUCGAAUCCGUCAAACCCGCCAAGGAGGAGGCGAAACUCGAAGAGCCGUCGAAGCCAGCCGAAGAGCCCAAGCAGGUCGUUGAAGCUAAGUUGCCCGAGGAGAAGGAGCAAAAGGAGUCCAAGGCUGUGGAGGAGCCCAAAGCCGAGGAGCUUCCAAAGCCCCAAGAAGUGAAGGAGGUUAAGGACGCCAAGAAGGAAGAGAACAAGUCCGAGGAGUCCAGCAAGUCCAGCGAGGAGAACAGCAGCGAGGAGUCCGCGGAGAAGAAUUCCUAAGAAGUUGAGGCAUCGCCUGCAGACGAUGCACAAUUUAUUUCCGAGAUGAGAGCGAAAGGGAGAGAGAGAACGAGAGAGCGAACGAGAGAAAGGCAGAGCGACAGGGAGAGAGUGAAAGUGAACACAAAAACAAAAUUCGAAGAGUGCAAGAUUAAAAGAUUUCUAAAAAAAAAAACGAGAGCAAAAAGCAACAUCGAGACCCUCGAGGAUGGUGCGACGA